AUGAUAUCGGUCCGAAUCCUUCAGAUAUCCCCAGCAGGAACAGGGAGGUUUCCGAUUCCUUUCAUACUGCCCGCGCUUGCGCUUCCCGCUUUGCUGCUGUACCAUGCCUUUCGGAACAGUCUGGCAAAGAAGUUGCAGCUUCUGCAAGGCUUGGAAAGCUUCGACUUGGCGAAAACCCAGUGUGGAAGGGAGGAGGACAAGAAGUUCAUUCAUGGCGCUAUUAUGGAGUGGUAUGGCAGCCUGGAAGCUUUCACGACCUAUGUGAGGGGCCCUUUGCGCAAAGAACUUUUACUGGAUCACUCCAGCAACAAGCUCCCAUGGGGGUAUGCUCUGGUUGUGGUGAUGCCGAUCAGCAGCUUCGGCUUGGAUGGGCUCGCGGGGCUCGUAAAAGCCAAGGCCUCGACGAACGUCAUCCUGUCUUUCUUGUUCGGCUAUGCUUUGGGGACCGCCUUUGUUGGCGCAAUGCUUUGCAUUCAGCUGUUGAUGGUUCUUGGCGGCGCGUGUUCCAGGGAGCAGACAUCCAUUCUUGGCCGCGCAGCUCAAUCUGUGGUCAUGUUUCUUGCCUUGGGUGCAGGAUCUGUCCUUGUUGUCAGAGUUGGUGUCAUGGGAUACCACGGUGGUGUCGCAUCGUCGUGCCUCGCCUUGGUUUUCAUGAUAAUGGCUCUGUGGCUCAUCCAUGCUGGGCAUUGUCAAGCACGGAAGCUACACGCAGUUUGGUGGAGAUGGAGGCAGCGUGCUGUGUAA